AUGUCGCUGUCGCCACCCGCCACUGCGACCUACACCAGCAUCCCCGUCACCAUUCCUGCCUCUGACGUCAUCUCCCAAUCCAUCCAGAAUCUUCUCGCCGCCAUCUCCCGCCACCGCCCCUGGCCUGAAUUCGUGUCCUCCCUGACCCGACCCGACUCCUUCCCCUCCGCCCUCACCCGACUCCGCUUCAACGCCCGCCACUUCCGCACCAACUACAUUCUCCUCAUCGGUGCCUGCGGGUUCCUCUCCCUCAUCGGAAUCCCGGGGUGGCUUCUCGUCACGGCGGCCGUCGUCUGGCUGUGGCUGGUGAUCUACUUCUUCAGGGAGGACCCACUUGUUGUGUUUGGUCAUCAUUUUAGUGAUUGGGCUGUGUUCGUGGGCCUUGGGUUGGCUUCACUUGCGGUUGUGUGGUUGAGCAGUGGGCUUGGGACUUUGAUAUUGGGCCUUGGAGUUGGGUUUCUCGUUUGUGGGCUUCAUGGGCUGAUUCGGGAUCCCGAAGGCCUGUUUCUUGACGAGAAUGACGCCGCCUCGGCCGGGUUGAUCGUGCCCACCUAUACACCUGUCUGA